CCUCAACUGCGUUUCCCCUCCAGUCAGCAGACGGGGAUGUGCGUCUUUCAGGCGACGCUCCCAGCGUGACGUAUAAUCUAGUGGACAGUUCUUCAUAAACAGCUCGUCAACCACUUCGCUAGCUUGCUAGCCAAUACAGCCGAAAUAUUCAAGCUAUUUACACGCUUUCGGUGUAUAUUGACUACUGUGUUUUAGACACACUUCUGUUGUAUAUACUUGUUAAUCUAUUUAAUUUAAUAUUACGUUAUUUUCUAUUAGUCAGCUGGCUGGUUAAAUUAGCACUAGUCAAGCCGCUAAUAAUUAGCUACCUAGCUAACAUCCCCGACCAUGAGUUCCCUAAACUACUCCCCUCCUGUUAAAGAAGAGGUCUGCUGGACGGAGAAAGAAGGUCUGGGGCUGAACAUUGUCGUGAAAGAGGAGAGGGAAGAGGAGGAUGUUACAGUAAAACAAGUAGAGGAUGAGGCUGUUACAGUGAAAGAAGAAGAGAAAGACGUUUCAGUGAAAGAAGAGGAAGACUCGUUCAGAGUGAAAGAGAAGGAAGAUGUUACAGUAAAAGAAGAGGAGGAUGUCGUUUUUGGAGUGAAGAAGGAAGGAGAGAUUACUGUCACAUUGAAAGAUGAAGAGGAGAUAGGAGAUCUGAUUAACACCAGAGAGAUACGGGACUAUAGUGGCUCCUCUCGGGAGCCUCAACAACCUCAUGAUGCUGAAGAGGCAGAGAAAAGUAUUUCCAGAUCAGAACACCUCAAGAAACACCAGCAGAGACCCACAGGGAAGAGAAUUCACUGCUGCUCUGACUGUGGGAAGAGAUUCACCUCAUCAGGCAUUAAAAUUCAUCAGAGAACACACACAGGAGAGAGACCUUAUAACUGUGUUCAAUGUGGGAAGGGUUUUACUCAGUCAACCAGCCUGAUAUCACACCAGAGAAUACACACAGGAGAUAAACCUUAUAGCUGUGGUCAAUGUGGGAAGAGUUUUAGUCGAUCUGGCUCUCUGACUCAACACCAGAGAAUACACACAGGAGAGAAACCUUAUAGAUGUGGUCAAUGUGGGAAGAGUUUUGGUCAAUCUUGCCAUCUGACAUUACACCAGAGAAUACACACAGGAGAGAGACCUUAUAGCUGUGGUCAAUGUGGGAAGAGAUGUACUACAUCUGGCCGGCUGACAUUACACCAGAGAACACACACAGGAGAGAAACCUUAUAGCUGUGUUCAAUGUGGGAAGAGAUGUACUACAUCUGGCACUCUGACUCUACACCAGAGAAUACACACAGGAGAGAAACCUUAUAGCUGUGGUCAAUGUGGGAAGAGUUUUGGUCAAUCUGGCCACCUGAAAAUGCACCAGAGAAUACACACAGGAGAGAAACCUUACAGCUGUGGUCAAUGUGGGAAGAGUUUUGGUCGAUCUGGCCAGCUGACAUCACACCAGAGAAUACACACAGGAGAGAGACCUUAUAGCUGUGGUCAAUGUGGGAAGAGUUUUACUACAUCUGGCACUCUGACUCUACACCAGAGAACACACACAGGAGAGAAACCUUAUAGCUGUGGUCAAUGUGGGAGGAGUUUUGGUCAAUCUGGCCAGCUGAUAAUACACCAGAGAACACACACAGGAGAGAAUCCUUACAGCUGCGAACAAUGUGGGAAGAGAUGUACUACAUCUGGCUCUCUGACUCUACACCAGAGAACACACACAGGAUUGAAACCUUAUAGCUGUGGUCAAUGUGGGAAGAGUUUUGGUCGAUCUUGCUCUCUGACUCUUCACCAGAGAAUACACACAGGAGAGAAACCUUAUAGCUGUGGUCAAUGUGGGAAGCGUUUUGGUCGAUCUGGCCAUCUGACAUCACACCAGAGAACACACACAGGAGAGAAACCUUAUAGCUGUGAUCAAUGUUACAAGAGAUACUCUGAUAAAAGAUCUCUGAUCAAACAUCAGAAAAUACAUACAUGAAGGAGUUAUUUUGUGAUAUCAGUGAAUUUAUGUCACAAAGGUAUUUCACAAUGUAGAACCCUAAACGUUUGCCCCAUUCAAUUGAUUUCAGCGUGAUAUGGAUAUUAGUCUUGGGAAAAAUCCAGGCUCUGAAUUGAAAGAGUACUUUUUAUGUGAUUUAACAAAAAGUGACUAACACAAUAAGAGCUGUGUUACACUUACCAUGUCGGUGACCCACUUGAAUCAAAAUGCAACAGUUUAAAAUGUGGCCAGCUGUUUUCUACAAAUUGUCCUCUAACCAGUGAUGUUAACAUUAGUCCCAGAUGUUGUGUGGGUUUUGAUCUUUUAGUUUUAACAGAACGUGCAACCUCAUCUCCCUCCUGUCACACAAUUGAUUUCAACAUGAUAUCAAUGAGUGAUGACAAAUAAGUGUUGCGUUCCUUUGUUUAGCGACCCCUACAUUUAAAUGCAUCACUCCAAAAUGUAGCUGACUGUCUUCUGCAGAUUGUCCUCUAACCAGUGAGAUAAAAGAUAUCUCCCAUGUCCAUGUUUUUUUUUAGUUGUGUUAGUUUCAACAGCACAUACAACCUGAUUUCCCCCCUAAUCGAUAUCAGUGAUUUAUUUCUACUUGUCAAAACAACAGCGUUUUUGGUUCUUCUGCAGUUAAUAAGGUGCUUGGUUGUUUUUUUAAAUACGAUUAUUGCGGCAGAUGUUUGUGUAUAUAGUACAUUUUAUGUUUUCAAUUUAUCACAAACUGCUUUUGCAUUUGGACUAUUGAUUUGGACACGUUAAGACUGUGACAUUGGGGCUAUCCCACUUAGCAAAAUGUUAUUGAAAAUAAGACUAUGCCCGAUCUACAAUAUAAGUUUGGUUUUAGUUGAAAGUGAAAGUUGAAAAGAAGACAAUUUAAUUUCAAUGUACUUGCAGCCUAUACACCUGAACGCAGUAUAAUAAAUCUAUAAUCAGUUUUAGGGACAGGGGUCCAGCUAGUUAUACACAUGGACGCAGUAUAAUGAAUUGAGUCUAUAAUCAGUUUAGGGACAGGAGUCCCGGUAGUCAUGGUAAUAUGGAUCCGCUAGAGGGACAACUUCCUGUUGGAAUAUAUCAUCAUAAAUAUUAUGGAUUUUAACAAGCUUAAAUUCUUGUUAAUCUAACUGCACUGUCUGAUUUACAGUAGCUAUUACAGCGAAAACAUGCCAUGCGAUUGUUUGAGGACGGCGCCCGAC